AUGAGCUUGCAUGGCGACAGGGCCAAGGCCUGCAAGGCUCAAUUGCCAAGGGCACAGGAACUGCACAAGUACGCAGCAGGAACUGAGCAGGCAGCUUCCCGAGCUCGCAGAAGUUUCCAAAACUCGUCGGGACAUGUGGCCAGUGCCUGGCUACGCGCACUGGCAGCUUGCAGCAGAGUACUUAGCCUUGCAUGCGAGCCCGACUUAAAGGGAGCCUCAACUGUGAUAAGCUCCUGCAGAUCGCGAUGGACGGCCGCGGUGGCCGUCGCAAGACACUGCCAACGACUUGGCCUACAAACAGACAUCAUCCUUCAAAGCACGGUGGUGACUGCCUGUGAAAGGGGCGCCAGGUGGGAGCAGGGACUGCGGAUCAUGGAGGACGCAUGUACAAAAAAGCUCCGGCUGGAUUCCGUUGCUUUCAGUUCCGUCAUCAGUUCCUUUGCCAGUGACCGAAGGUGGCUGAAAGCAGUCUUUGGCUUGAACAACAUGCGCGAGCAGACGGUCAGACCAAAUGUCAUCUCAACCAAUGCCGCGAUAAGUAGCUGCGACCGCGCCGGUCAGUGGAAGACAGCAUCAUCAGUAUGUCGUGCGGCCGUCAUUCUUGGAACAGAGCUCGACACUAUUUCUUGCAAUUCGCUCUUAAGUUCAUGCACGGCCACUGCCCCGUGGUAUCGUGCUGUUGCCUCGUGUGUCGAGAUGUCAAAAGCUUGUCAGAGCGACCUCAUCUCAUACAAUGUGCUAAUGACCAUCCACGAGAAGGCCAGGCUCUGGCAGCGGGGUUUGCGGUUGCUGUCCGAGUUGUCCACAUCUGGGGCUCGCCAUGACAUCAUCACCGUCGGUGCCGUUGCUGGUGCAUGUGCUCGCACUACGCAGUGGGAACAUCCCUUACUGCUCCUGCGGCAGGCAGCCUUGGAAGGCAUGCGCGCCAACAUUGUGCUCUUCAGCAUGGCUGUGGAUGCUUGUGCAGGAGCUUGGCAAACUGCCAUGGCAUUGACACUGGAGGCGUCAUUUGGUCUGCGCUUGGAUGCAAUCAUCCUGAACUCUGCCAUGAUGGGUCAUUCCUCAUGGCCACAAUCCUGGGCAAUCCUGGCAAGCAGCAGGCGGAGUUCAGUUGAAGCUGAUGUCGCAAUGACCAGCACGGCGAUAGGUGCGGGUGUCAGAGAUUCCAUUUGGCCAUGGGCGCUAUUGAUGUUGUAUCGGCUGCAGCUCGGGUCCCAGGAGACGGACGUGACACUGCAGAACACGGUGAUCGCUGCCUGCGAAAAUGCGUGCUCCUGGGCGCACGUGCUUCGAUUGUCAACGAGCGGACUGCGGCCAGACACCUUGACGGUCAGCUCGCUCCUGCGUGCAUGUGACUACGCCGGGAGGAGCUUGCAGGUGCAGUUGCUCUUGGCAGAGCUUAGCCCAGAAGGCCUUGAAACUUGUAAGCUUAUUGUAGGGCGACCUUGA